GUGUUUGUCAGCGAGAUGGCACUGACAGAGGCGCAGGAUCGGCCCACGGCAAAAGGGGAGAUGAAGGCGACAUGAGCAGUCCAGACUGGAUGAGGGAAAGAGGAAUAUAAAUGUCGCGGACUACCCAGCUGUUCAUUCCCAAGUCAUCCGCAACAUCACGAACUUCACUCUCCUCGAAUUCCGAGCCAUCGACAAGCCGGAAUGAAGCAGUUCCCCAUUGUGACCUUCGCCCUCGCGGCCAUCCCCUUUGCAGCGCCCUCCGCAUGCCGUCCGCCGCGGUGGACGGUAGGACAGACGGUGCAGACGACGAGCGGCCCCGUCGAGGGACACGCCGCGUCCGUGGCAAAGGGCGUGUCCGAGUAUCUUGGGAUCCCCUAUGCCCAGCCGCCUGUCGGGAGCCUCCGGUUCCAGCCUCCGGUGCGGUACAACGGGACCAAGAAGAUCGACGGCAAGCACUUCGGCGCCGCAUGUAUUCCGUCCAAUGUCACCGCCUGGGAUGGGAAUUACGAGGCAUCGGGGCUGGCGGAGAAGUACGGCAUCACGGACGUGGGCCUCGCGAUCCUGAAGACCAUCAUGAACCCCGAGAUCCCGGUCAGCGAGGACUGUCUUACUCUUAAUGUCUGGACAAAGCCGCAGACGGGAGACAAGCGCAAGGCCGUUAUGAUCUUUGUGCAUGGCGGAACCUUUGUUGGGGGAAGCUCUGCGAUCCCCGCGUACAACGGGCAGUUCUUCGCGGACCAAGAAGACGUGGUGAUGGUCACGAUCAACUACCGCGUCUCAAUCUUCGGCUUCCCCGGCAACCCGCACAGCCCUCAAAACCUCGGCCUCCUCGACCAGCGCCUAGCCGUCGAGUGGGUGCGCGACAACAUCGCCUCCUUCGGCGGCGACCCGCAGCGCAUCACCCUCUUCGGCGAGUCCGCCGGCGCCGCCUCGGUCGACCACUACUCGUUCGCCUGGGCAUCCGACCCGAUCGUGGCCGGACUGAUCGCCAUGUCGGGCACGCGCGAGGGCAUCGCGCCCCGCUCGGCCGCCGACGCCGCCCUCCUCUGGUACAACACCACUCGCAACGUCGGCUGCGGCGAUAACGCCUCCGCCUCCGCCUCCGCCUCCACCACCCCGUCGCCCGCCCAGCUCCAGCUCGCUGCGUGCAUGCAAUCCGUCCCGGCAGCAGCCAUCGUGUCGACCCUCGUCAACGUAGUCUCCUCGCCCAUCCGCAUGCCCUACUCCCCGACAAUCGACAACGUCCUAGUCUUCUCCUCCCCGGCCACCAGACCCGUCGCCCCGGUCCCCAUGGUCAUCGGCUCCACCGACACCGAGGCCGCCCUCUUCCGGGUAUUUGUCCCCGGCCCGGACUCGGACUCCUUCUGGACCAACCAGACGGCGCAGGAAUUCACGUGUCCCGCGGCGCGGCGCGCCCGCCGCUCAGCCGUGGAUGAGCGGCAGCCCACGUGGCGGUACCGCUGGUUCGGGGUGUUCCCCAACACGGAGCUGGGCACGCGGCCCGGACCGACGGGGGCGUACCAUGACAGCGAGACGGCGCUGUUGUUUGGGAAUGUCGAUGAGAGUCUUGUGCGGAAUACGAGGGAGGAGGAAGAGGUGGGGAGGUGGAUGCGGAAGGCUUGGGCGGGUUUUGCGAAGGAUCCUAAAAGGGGGUUGGAGAGGAUGGGUUGGCCUAGGUAUGAGGGUCAAGGAGGAGGAGGAGGAGGAAGGGGGGAGACGUUGGCGAGGAUUGGGUGGAGGAAUCGGACGGUUAGCUUGGCGAGGGCGGAGGAGUAUGAUGUUGGGUGUUGAGCAGUGUGUGACUGUGUGUUGGUGGCUGAAGCAGGGGAUGCAGCGUGGUGGUUGGAGUGGGGGGUGGGAGAGAGGAGGGGUAUUGUAUAGAAAGGAGAGGAGAGUAGACAGGUUAGGGUUGGAGUAUAUAUAGCGUACUAUAUGUACUACCACCUCAUCUACAGAGUCGGAUGAAGCUAGAAGUGAUAUCCCCCUUGCUUCCUGUGAACCGACAGGGUCAAAAGCCGGAAGACACGUGGAAAGCGAACUGCUCUGAUACUGUAUAGUCGAACGGUGCCCGCGACACACGGGGCGAGCUGAGAAAGGGAUAGCU